AUGGUGUUCUCGCGCGAGAAGCUGGAGAAGCUGCUGCGGCAGGCCAAGGUGACGACGCAGAGCAUCCAGAAGGUGUCGCAGUGGAUGCUCAACUACCGGCAGCACCUGCCCGAGAUGGUGGCGCUCUGGAGCGACCACAUCCGCGAGGGCGACGCCGAGCACCAGAUCGUGUACCUGUACGUGGCCAACGACGCCAUGCAGGUGGGCGUGCGCAAGUUCGGGCGCCACAUCGCCGCGGCCUUCGAGGAGAAGCUCGUGGACAUCGUGCAGCUGGUGAUGCGUGACGGGGAGGAGAAGGUCAAGCGCUGCGCCAUCAAGAUCGUGGGCAUCUGGAAGGAGCGCGGCGUCGUCACGCCGCCCAUGCUGGCCAUGCUGGAGAACGUCUGCGCGGGCAAGCCGCCCAUAGAGGUCGUGCCGGAAGCCGACGGCAAGGCGGAAGAGGACAGAGCUAAGCUCCUGCAGGAGAUGGCGAGCGAUAGCGCUGUGGAGCGCGUUCUGGAGGACAUGCCCGAGGUGGUGGAGUCCGUGGCCACGACGCGCCUCGCCGCACACUUGCAGGAGCUGGUUAACGCCACGAUCAGCGCCGAUAUGCUCAGUGACAGGAUGUUCCAGUUGGAGUCGAGUAUCAGUGUAUUCCACCACGCCUGUGGCGAGCAGGAUGAAGAAGAGGACGACGUUGUCGUGGUUGGAGAGGAGGAGGACAAGACGUUCCCGACGGUUGGCGGAAUUGCAUGGGGCAAGAUGGACCAGCAAGUGUACGACUUGGACGUGGACAACAGUCGCGGCCACGUGGAGCAGUACCGCAAGAACCUGACGGAGCAGACUGCCAAGCGCGAGAUGCUGAUCAAGGAGCUGCGUGGCUUGGAGGUGAUGGACUUGUUCUCGUUCCCUCCGGGCUCGACGAAUGAAAUGGAGGCAGAGCAGCAAGAGCGAGCGCUGGAGAGGCUGUAUGCCGCCGCGUGCGAGGCGGAGACGCUGGAGCUGAAGCAGUUGGAGAAGCAGCGAGCCGAGUUCCGUGCGAGACAAGCGUCCAUCGCUGCCUCUGCGUCGGAUCCCUUGUAUUCGUCGUACCAACCAGUCGAGGACUCCUACCGUCCAAUCACCCCGACAACGUCGAGCCGUGACCGCAGCGACAGUGGGAACAGUCAUCUGGGAUACCGCACGUCAACGUACGACUAUGGCCAGCCCCAGCACUCGUCGCCUACUCUUCGUCGCCACAACAGCGCCUCGGCCGUGACGGAUCGAGGCUAUGGAGAUGAUCGGUACAACAACGAUCAUCACCAUUAUGGUGGACCGCAAAACGACCGAUACGGCGUGGAUUCCCCUUCGAUGAGCAAGCGGCCGAAGCUGCACCACUCGCACAGCAUGGAGUCGCAGAAUGUGCAAUGGCAGGAGGCCUCUCGCUACUCUCCCCCUCGAGGCGGGUUCCAGCCGAACCCGUACGCUGCAGUGGAAAGGGAGCAGCCGUCGUACUCGCCUCGAGACAAUCGCUAUUCUCCAAGGGACCAGUACCAUGCUCCUCCUCAGCCACCGCGCCAGGGUCGCCGCUCUCGGUGGGACUCAAUGCCGGAGGAGCGCUACAACAAACACUACGAAGACCGGCGAUGGUGA